AUGCAGGCCGGCAGGGCUAGGGUCUCCCGCCGUUCGGUGGCAGCCAAUGUGAGCAGCAGCAGCAGCAGCAGCACCAGCACAGGUGCCGCCAGCGAGGAUGUCUUCACAUCGCUUUCAUCGCUCUACGGCCCGGUGCGCAAGGCAGGCCCGCUGGACGAGGCGGCGUGGCUCAAGCCGCAUGCGGUCAGCCGGCACAAGCGGUACUGGAAGUAUCUGCGGAAAUGGGAGCGGGAGCACCCUUUCGGCAUGCCGCCCUCCAGCGGCCUCCCCGACCCGCCGCCAGUCAUCUUCCCAGAGUGCCAGGUGUGGGUGAACCAUGCCUACCACUUCAUUUACUUGCGGCAUGCCAAGGCCGCCUCCACCUCCGUGCUCAACUGGUUUGGGCACUGCGGCUGGCAGCACGUCAGCGGCCAAGACAGCUGCAUGGAGCUUCUGGAUGUGGAGAUGCCGGCCGCCCAGGUGGCCGCCCUCUGGCAGAAGUUCUUUGUGUUCACCGCGGUGCGCAACCCCUACACCCGGGCGGUGUCCCAGUACAAGUUCCUGGCCCGCAAGCUGCUGCCCAAGCCCGGGUGCGGCGACCUGGUCUCCUGGGACGCCUUCUGCGCCUUCCCGCCUUCCAUGGGCCUGGCCUGCGCCCACCGCCCAGAGUGCUGCGCCAUGGGCGAAGGCUUUGCGUACCUGCACCUCAACAGCCAGGCGCGGUGCAUGACCACCGCAGGCGGCAGCCUGGCGGUGGACCAUGUGUUCAGAUCGGAGACCCUGGAUGAUGACAUGGCGGCGCUGUUUGCACAGAUCAACCGGCGGCGGCCCACAGGCAAGCUUUCAGGCUUUUCAGCCGCGCUCCUGCUGCCGCCGGCGCCGGAGCGGGCCGCCAAGUUCAAUGUGGCGGCGGGGUGCGAGGCGGGGCGGCGGGAGUUUGAGGAGUUCAAGAAUGCGGGGCAGACGAUUGUGACGCUGGCUGUGAAGGAGCAGUACUGCAGUACCGCCGAGUACUUUGAGCGCCACCCGCGCUGCAGGCGCCAGCUGGAACACUUCCUGGCGCCCGAUUUGGCGCUGCUGCAGCUGCUGAAUGGCACUGUCGCCGUGCGGCAGUAG